GAAGCAUAUCGUUGUAAUUAUCUCAUUGUAUGACACGACAUUUGGCAAUAGGGGCCUGGAGCCGAUUUCUUAUAUGUAGCUCAUCUCCCUCAUAUCGGACACUUCCCACAUCUCUAGAGUUAUAUCAUCUGCUUCGACAGCUUCACCUCUACAUUCAAACUUGUUAUUGGAUCAAUACUUCAAUCGGUCUGACUUCUCAUCAUGGCAUCCUGGGACAAUCGCGAGGUCACCAACGAGCACAUCGUCCCCUACGUUGAUUCAAGCACCGCCGAAGGCGAUGUUCAAGCAGCUCUCAAGACUUUACCCUUUGAGCGUAACAUCUUCAAACUGACUGCCAAUGCGCCCGCCUUCUUUCCCACCUUUAUGAAGCUAUUGACCUGUUCAUGGUCGCCAGAGCGCACCUUGCGCUCUCGAGACUGGCAAACCAUUGUCCUGCGAACCGCGGCUACACUGGAUGCACCGUACGAAUGGGACGUGAAUGAGCCCGUCGGCCGCGUCUUUGGCUUCACGGACGAGCACCUGAAGCACCUCCGCAGUGGCGAUUUAUCUUCUCCCGAUCUCUUUACAGACCGCCAGCGCCUUAUAAGUUCCAUCGUGGAGGACCUGUGCCUGAAGGACCGCGUGCCUGAGGAAAAGGUCCGUCGGGCUAAGGAGGUUUUCGGCGACACGGGUCUUAUGGAGCUGUUCUUCAUUCAGAGCAUCUAUGCUUUUCUGGCGCGGACUAUGAAUAGUUGCAAGAUCGACUUUGACGAGCCCAUCCCUGGACUGUUGGAUAUUCUGCGCAAGUACAAUGGACCGGCUAUCGAAAAGGAGAAUCAGUAUACAGACUAAGCUGGUGGAAGAUCUAUUGGCUUGAAGUUAGAUAUUAGUCUCCUCUGAAAUGCCACAACUCAGCUCUUCUUUACGUGAUUCCACCUUCAGUUCAUGUGUAUCUUUCUUGCUGUAGCAUCGUCCUGGGGACCCACCACUUCCUAAUUGAGCCCUAACCAGACAUCAAUACGGAUUGCGCGACUCGCUCACUAGC